GAGUAGAAAGCAAGCAAACGAAAAGAAAACCGAAAAACUCCGACUUUUGCGUUUGUUUUUCCGACGCCAAGGCAAGCAUAUAUGCCCACUCCCUACAUGCUUCCGAUGGCUGGCGACUGCACAAAAGAUCAACACUGCUGGGACUUCUUCUAGAGUUUUCACAUGGAGCUUAAUGCAGGUCGUCGACGUCGUCUGCUGCCGGUGUGCGUUUUAGGCCUCUAUGUUUGUUUUGCAGCCGUUUGUAUGCAGUGUGAUGCAACAAACACAAGGCACCGGUACAGAGCUGGAAACUAUUUCCGCAGGAGAUUUCAUUUCUUCAACAAGUUUGAGACGUAUGUGCCGUUAGAUUCAUCAAACAGUGAUCCGUAUGUAAGCUCACCCUUCUCUUUGCCACCCUAUGAUUCCCUUCCUCCUUUCCCCUUGCCCGACAAUGCCCCUCCAUAUUGUGUGAAUCCCCCAUCCACCCCACAGCCACCUUCAGCCAUCCCAAGCCCAGUGGGUGGCUACCCACCCUCACCCCCGGCCCCAAGCCCACCCGAGACCACUCCGAUUCCGAACCCCCCCAUUAUAAUCCCAACCCCACCAACAAACCUACCCACGCCAACUGCACCUUUUCUGAGCCCACCUUACUAUGAGCCCACCCCUCCAAGCAGCAAUCCCGCCCCACCUCAUAACAUCCCAUCUCCAACCCCAAGGUUCUUGCCGCCCAUUGUUUUUCCACCACCCACAGUGCCGCCCCCUCCUCGCCGGGAACCACCGACGGCCAUGUGGUGCGUAGCCAAGCCUGCAGUGCCCGACCCAAUAAUCCAAGAAGCAAUGAACUACGCGUGCGGGUCUGGCGCGGAUUGCGGCCAAAUUCAGCCCAGUGGAUCGUGCUUUGAGCCCAAUACACUAUUGGCACAUGCAUCGUACGCGUUCAACAGCUACUGGCAGAGAACUAAGGUGACUGGUGGUACGUGUGAUUUCGGAGGAACAGCACUGCUCGUCACAAUUGAUCCCAGCUAUGAUGGCUGCCAUUUCAUGUACUUUUAAUUGUCCAAGAAAACUGUAACUACGGUGGAUUGAUUAAAGGAUCGUGGUAAAGCAAAACAAAAGAGAGAGUUCUAAAUUUCUGAUCGAAUAAAUGUAGAACUGGAGCAAGAUAUAUACAUCUAGACAAAUUGUAGAUUCUUGGUGUUGUUCAUUUGGGCUACGAUUUUGUAAUAUAUAUAUACAGAUUCUUGAGGGUUUAAUUGAUUUUACGUUGAUUUUUGGAUUUUUUAAAUUAUGGAUCGAUGAUAUACUAUGUAUCUUGUUUAAAAGUCUGGUCUCAUAAUUCUAUAAAUAUGAGUUAUGGGUAU